AUGGCUGGCAUCAGCAAAGAAGCCUGCAAUAUUGAUGCGCCUGACCUCCUUUCACCGGGCUUAGCGUUUAUGGUGAAGGGAUGGAACCGUUGCAUAUCAUUCCUUGGUGUUUGUCUGGCAGCCUUCCAAGAUGAUUCCCUGCUCCAGGCCAUUCCAAACAACGUCAAGCAGACCUUUGGGGCCAUCUACGCAACGGUGACCACAGCGGACCUCACACAGAUCAUCAACACCAACCGAGGUGUGAGCCUCACGUCAUCGAUCCGGCGCAGACCAAACGCCUUCAACUUGGUACACCAGCUUGAAAUGAUGGUUCGUGGAGGACUCUCACCUGAGCACACAGUUCAGAGCUUGGAGGCCCUUGUGGUUGCCAACGAAGCCAUCGCAAGCCACAUUGCGGCAUACUCAUUGGGGAAACAAGAAAGCACUGCUGCGAUCAAUUUGCUUCAGAAAAUACCGGGGGAGAUCAAGGAAUCUUUAACGUUGCUAGUGAGGAAGUAUGGUCAGCCUCGGUUCUUGAACCAUGACGCCAUCAGUGCAAACGUCUUCAAUGUUGGAUAUUGCUCUGCGUCGGGCAUUCUCUUGCCUUGGAAAUCCGAGCUAACCAACUCAGUGGGGUUACUGCGUCUCCUUGUCACCCGGCUCGAAGCGGACUGGGUUGCCCUGCCGGCCAAGCAGAGGCGGCCAUGGAACCAGAAGGAAGUGGAGCCUCCACCUGUGAAAAUCAGUUUGGAUGAACGCGGAUUUUGCGUGAUUUGCUCUGAAGUGUCUGAAGUUACUCAGUGUUUCUACGCGUUAAUCUUUUUGCCUUGGAUUAUCUCAGGAAAUGAUGCAUCGUUGCUGUGGUUUGAAUUGCGGCACGGGGAUGCCGAUUUGCAGGCAUUGCUGGAACAUUCAGUUCCUCCUGCAUCACUUUCAAAAAUACUCAGGCUUUCCCAGCAAUUGCUCCAAACCACGUGGCAGCAGUGUCAGCUACAAAUCGAUGGUGACCUCUUGAAGCUCAAAGAUUGGGCAGGUGCAUUCAACUUGUACGCGCAGCAGCAGGCAGCCCUGGACUACAAGCACAUCAACGACCGGUACAUGAAGGGCAAGGAAUGGCUUGCGGGAUUCACCAAGGAGAAGCAUACUAUGACAUCUCACUCCUCAAUUGUGCUUUCCCAUAGCUUGAUUGUCAACAUGCAACAGGAUAUGGGACCCGACGGGCUGACUAUCCUGAUUGUGGACGCCACCUUGUGGCCUUCCCGCCAGCUUUCCAUUGACGAGAGCAUCAACAUUGCCCAGACAGUCAGCUCCGGCAAUGCGCGGACGAUGGCCUUCUUCUGCCUUCCGCAGACGCACACCUCCACAAAGAGAGAUGUUGUCUUGAAGAACCGGCGUUUGUUGGAGGACAAAGUGGGAGCGUAUCUUGAAUGCGUUCCCUUCCUUUCACAUUCAGCAGGUUCUCUACACAAAGCCAUGUAA